AUGUCGACUCCCGACAAUCCCCUCACGCAUGGUGCUACUGAAAUGGCGAGCUAUGGAGCCCCCUCGGAUGGAGGUGCCAAAAAGAUCCAUCUGUCAACAGUUUCGGGAGACAGCAGGAUCACCCGCUCCGACAACCUUAGCCUGACAACUCCAAGGAGGCGACGACCAGCCACUAGCACCAUGGCUUGGAUCAAGAGCGCGACCGAGUGCCUGAUCGUCAAUGUUCAUCACUACAAGGCACAGCGACGCCUGACCAAGAAACGACGUGCAUGGGUCAGAUCCUCCCAGCUGAACAUCAGUCCGAUUAUUUCGACAAGCCGCGGCCCACUACUCCAGCAAAACACUUUUCACGCGGCAGCGGUAAACAUGCAGAAGCUUGCUAGCUCUAGCAACCAGGCACUCUCGUCCAACCCUGCCACUGCUGCCGACUUGAAAACAGUCCGCAGAGCCAAGGAUAGAGCGACUAUUGGGGCCACAACGACCGCUGAAAAGCGUCGUGGGCGUGUCUUCGACUUGACCGAUAUCGACUCCCUAGGCAAAGCCCUGGGUGAGAGCUUUAAGUGUGGGAGUGGAUUUUCAGACCCGUCCACCACUCACGAAUCGAACACCCGUGAGAGCCACCUGGGGGAUCACUGCAGCAUAGAGUCCACCGCCAAGGAAUCCAUAAAAAGAGACAGCUAUUGGGAGAAACAGAAUCUUCAACACGAGGCCGAGAUUGCCAGACUCGGAGCUCAGGCCGAUCAACUGAAUCGGGAGCUGUCCAGGCUACGAGAGGUCUCGCAACACAACGAACGUUUUCACAAAUAUUACAAACGGAAAUACGAAACCACAGCCCAUCAGCUAGAGGGCACAAUGCAUGCGUUGCGUUUGAUUGACAACGUGUGCGGCUCCUCGUCACGAUCCGAAAGUGGCGACCGCGAAACACCCAUCACCGACUUCGGACCUGCCAUGUCACCCCGCGAGAACAGAUACUAG